AUGCCUCACCACACCCUCACGCGAGACGAAGUCUCCAAAAAUAAUACUGAGGAAUCUCUCUGGUUUAUAAUCGACAGCAAGGUCUACGAUGUCACUGAAUUUGUCGAUGCUCAUCCAGGAGGAGAAUCCGUCUUAAAACAAGUUGCCGGCACAGACGCAACCGAAGCAUUCUAUAACUUACAUCGACAAGAAGUCCUACAAAAAUACUCGAAUUUAUGUAUUGGCACAAUUGAAGGCGAGAAAUCGCAAGUUAUUGAACAGAAUGUUGGGGAUUUGAGUGUCGUGCCAUACGGAGAACCUACAUGGUUAACUCCACAAUUCAAGAGUCCUUAUUAUAAUGAAAGUCACAGGAGGUUGCAAAAGGCAAUGAGAAUCUUUACGGAUCAAUAUGUUACACCUGUUGCUCAGGAGUGUGAAAAAACUGGGGCGCAUAUUCCACAACAUUUGAUUGAUCGAAUGUCGAAGAUGGGGAUCUUACAUAUGAGAUUGGGCCCGGGGAAACAUUUACAUGGUGUUAACCUUAUGGAUGGCGCUGUGAAAGGGGAGGAGUUCGAUUAUUUUCAUGAUAUGAUUGUCGGACAGGAGAUGGUUCGCGCUAAUGCAAGAGGAUUUCAAGAUGGUAAUAUGGCUGGUAUGACCAUUUCCUUAACGGCAGUUCUUCAAUUUGCCAACGAUGAGGCAUGGAAGAAUAAAAUUGCCGCAGAGGUGUUUAGUGGGAAGAAGAAGAUUUGCUUGGCCAUCACCGAAGCAUUUGCCGGAUCUGACGUCGCAGGUAUUCGAACAACCGCGGAGAAAACCAAAGAUGGCAAACACUAUAUCGUAAAUGGUACUAAGAAAUGGAUCACUAACGGAGUCUUUUGCGAUUACUUCGUAACUGGUGUUAAAACAGAUAAGGGACUGUCUGUUGUGUUGAUUGAAAGAGGCGAGGGUGUAGAGACAACACCAAUAAAAACCUCCUACUCACCUACAGCUGGAACUGCUUAUGUCACUUUCGAUAACGUAAAGGUACCAGUUGAGAAUCUCUUGGGAGUAGAGAACAAGGGUAUCCACGUUAUCCUUAGUAACUUCAACCAUGAAAGAUGGAUGAUGGCUAGUGGUGUCACUCGCAUGAUGCGACUAGCAACAGAAGAAUGUAUCAAGUGGAGUAACCAACGAUUGGUAUUUGGCAAGAAAUUGACUGAUCAGCCAGUCAUCCGACAAAAGCUUGCUAAGAUGAUAUCUCACUGUGAGGCAAAUCAAGCAUGGUUAGAGAAUAUCACGUAUCAGAUGACUUUGAUGCCAUACAAACAACAAGCGACUCAUCUCGCGGGCCCAAUUGGUCUCCUUAAGAUGUUCGCUACCCGUUCAGCUCAUGAAUGUGCAGAUGAAGCUGUGCAGAUUUUCGGUGGACGUGCGCUUACUCAGAGUGGGAUGGGAAGAACCAUUGAGAUGUUCCAUAGAACGUACAAAUUCGAUGCUAUCUUGGGUGGAGCCGAGGAGGUAUUGGGCGAUUUGGGAGUAAGGCAGGCCCUGAAAAAUAUGCCAAAGAGUAUGUUGUAG